AUGCCGUGGAAGAAAAUUCAGUUGUUCAAAGGAGUGACAAUUCGUUCUCCACCACGAAACAUGAACCAGUCGGAGCUGGAGAUCAUGUUCGCAUCUGGUGCAGGUCUCCGAAUUGAGGAGAGUCGAGGUCUCUUGAAUGUCAUCGUUGCGCUACCACAUGGAUUCAGCGAAGUUGAUGGACGCCUUUGGGAAGCUCCCAAGGAAGAGCCGUACUUCUGGGAACAAACCACAACUCAAAUAAUGGUACUCACUCGAUUUGACAAAUGUUCAACACAUUAUCGGACUGUUGGACUUCUAGGUAUGCUGGGAAUGCAGUCAGCAAUCGGUUGCUCGCAGUUUCUUGUCAGUUUAUCGUCACACAAGUUUGUUGACGACCUUACCACCCCUGACUGCAUGGAGAUUCGCACCAAUUACCCACAAAGUGAAAUGGACGCAAGGAACAUCUACUAUGAAUUUGGGGAACGUUGGCGGCUUGAUCGUAAUCUUCAUAUUCCGUCGUUGUUCCAGCCUGAACACAAACCGAUCUACGACCCGUUGAGCUUCGCUAAUGAACAAUAUCUACCUUUAUUCGACCCAUGGCUUCACUCAAACUAUAGCAGUUGGUCUGGACUCAUAUUUACUCGAGAGGAAGUUAAA